UCCAUCAGGGCAACGUUGAAGAAGUAUAUAAUCUUAACACGAAUCAGAUGAUCAAUCUGACACUAUAUAAAUAUGUAACUGUUUUUACAUGAUCUUUUCAACUCACGACUUAUUUUAAGUGUUUUAGUAGUACUUACGAAUUUUUAUUACCAUUGUUCUUGAAAUUUGAAGAAUUUCACCAUGGCUUCCAACAAAGAUGUUAAAUUGCCUGAGAAUCCUACUACUGAAAGUUCACUUGAAAGCACUUCGAUUCCAGGUCCUUCAAGGCAAGACGAGAAUCCAGAAUUCACUGAAUCUUGUCCCGCAGUCCUGGAACCUUCGAAGGACAAAUUUCGGCCAGAGGAGGACGGGUACUCCCGACAUCCUUUUAAAAUGUUUUUAGCACCUCCUCCACCCCCAACUUUUGUGCCAGCGCUCGUUGGAAGCACCAGUAUACAUUCAACUGACAUUGGAGGUGCACAGCUGAGUAAUGAGGAGCAACAGAGAACCACUUGUUGCUCUGCUGUUAUCAACUGCUACAGUAAAUCUGCAAUCGCUUUCAGGAAUUCCAGAUUCUUUUACAUCAUUCAGUCCUUGCUGUAUCUGUUGCCUUUGUCUGCAAUAUCAAUGGGAAUAAAAUUUACUGAAUACUGCACUUCCUUUUUUCCCACGUUCACUUUAAUAACGGGUACAGUUGGAGCCCUCUUAGUCGGUGUAUGGAUGUCCAUCAACAUCUUUCACCAUUUUGGACAUCGCUGUACGGGUCAGCAGAAAUUCUUGAUCAGAAUACUGCUUGGACUGCUGGCCGUUUUGUUAUUAAUUGAGAUGGCCAUCUACUUCAGUAUUUCGCCGAGCUCCGACCCAUCUGACCCAAAGUACUGCAGCGAGACAUUCUUGGACUACACUUUCUACAAGUACAUUGCAUUUGCUGGAUCUUUGGCCCUGGCGACGCUAAUCUACAUUCCCGACAUCCGCAGCUUCAUCUGCAGCUUCGAAUGCACGAUGCCUAUUGGCACGACACCCUAUGACCAAAUAUGAAGUUUUCCCAAGCCAAUAUUUUAACCAUACAUUGUUUUUUACUAUGUUUAUAAUGAACUGUUGACUAUUUUAACUGACAACAAUAAAGCAUUG